AUUUGGGCCUGGUCUCAGUGCGGUGACGACGUCCAUGGGAUUACCUUGUGGCCUUCAAUUUGCGGUUCUGCGGUUCAAACUCGGAGUUGGAAAUUUUUGUGAUGCGGCUGUUCAUCUCAGUGCUGGUGAUCCUAGCGAUCGGUGGAGGAACCUAUGCCAAGGCAGCAGAACCGAAGAAUGUGCUACUCCUGCUGGCUGAUGACGCGGGCUUUGAGAUGGGGGCCUACCUGAACAAGUUCUGCCAGACGCCCAAUCUGGAUGCGCUGGCCCGGCGCGGUCUGCUCUUCAACAACGCCUUCACCUCGGUGAGCAGCUGCAGUCCCAGCCGCGCCCAGCUGCUGACGGGGCAGGCCAGCCACGCCAGCGGCAUGUACGGACUCCAUCAGGGCGUGCACAACUUCAAUGUGCUGCCGGAGGUUGGCUCGCUGCCCAAUGUGCUGCGGGAGCAGAGCAACGGCCGCAUCCUCAGCGGCAUCAUUGGCAAGAAGCAUGUGGGAGCGGCCGCCAAUUUCCGCUUCGACUUCGAGCAAACGGAGGAGCAGCACUCGAUCAACCAGAUUGGCCGGAACAUCACCAAGAUCAAGGGCUAUGCCCGGGACUUCCUCAAGCAGGCCAAGGACGAGCAGAGGCCCUUCUUCCUGAUGGUCGGAUUCCACGAUCCACAUCGCUGUGGCCACAUAACCCCACAGUUUGGGGAGUUCUGCGAGCGCUGGGGCAGCGGCGAGGAGGGAAUGGGCAGCAUACCCGACUGGAAGCCCAUCUACUACGACUGGCGCAAUCUGGAGGUGCCCGCCUGGCUUCCGGACACGGACGUGGUGCGCCAGGAGCUGGCCGCCCAGUACAUGACCAUCUCGCGAUUGGACCAAGGCGUGGGCCUGCUCCUCCGCGAGCUGGAGGCCUCGGGCCUGGCCGACCACACGCUGGUCAUCUACACCUCCGACAAUGGACCACCCUUCCCCGGAGGACGCACCAACCUCUAUGAGCACGGCAUCCGAUCACCCCUGAUCCUCAGCUCAACACAGCAAGGUGAUCGUCGUCAUGAGACAACGGCUGCCAUGGCCAGUCUCUUGGACAUAUAUCCCAGUGUGCUGGACGCCCUCCAGAUGCCACCACCAAACGGCACCAAGUUCAGUGGCAAGUCCCUGCUGCCUGUCCUAAAGCAGGAGCCGCCCGCAAAGGAGAGCGAUGCGAUCUUCGGCAGCCAAAGCUACCACGAGGUGACCAUGGCCUAUCCCAUGCGAAUGGUGCGCAACAGGCGCUACAAGCUGAUCCACAACCUCAACUACUGGGCAGACUUUCCCAUCGAUCAGGACUUUUACACCUCGCCCACAUUCCAGCAGAUCCUGAACGCCACAAUCCACAGGCAGCCGCUGCCCUGGUAUCGCACCCUGCUGCAGUAUUACCAGCGACCCGAGUGGGAGCUCUACGACAUCAAAGUGGACGCCUUGGAGCGGUACAACCUGGUGGACAAGCCCAAGCACAGUGGCACCCUCAAGCAGCUGCGCCAGCAGCUCUACCAGUGGCAGGUGGACACCAAGGAUCCCUGGCGCUGUGCCCCACAUGCUGUGCUGCAGGAGCAGGGCGUCUUCAAAGCGGAUCCCGUCUGUCUUACCCUCGGCCACGAGGCAUUGGUCCAGAGCACUAGGCGGAGGGUCCUAACUCAAUAUGAGGAGUAUGUUCUGGUCUAGCAACUCAAUUUGGCAAAGUGUCUUACAAUAUUUACUGUCUUAUCGCACCGUCAACAAGGGAGAGCAAUGCAAAGUGCUGAUAACAAUGAGAACUGAACUUCUUGGUGCUACUCCCUGCAAAGCCAAUCGAUUUGGCUACAUGGCUAUUUAAAUAUUAUUGUAUUAAAAUGUAUUUUAAAUUAAAAUUUGGCUUGUUUAAAAAU